AUGGUCUCUUCCAGCAUCUCGAUUGGCCUUUCGCUCAGCGCUUCGGCGCUUCUUGCCCGUGCUGCCCCAAUUCAGCAAUGCUGUACCCUGCUUGCCCAGCAGUACCCGGAGGAUGUGUUCGCACGCAACUCGUCCACGUGGACGGCUCAAAACACGGACUUUUGGUCUGCCACGGAGAUCCGCGACCCCUCUUGUGUGUUUCUUCCCGACUCUACGGAGAAGGUGGCGGGUGCUGUUGCACUCUUUGCGCAGAACGAAUGCAAGUUCUCCAUCAAGGGCGGUGGGCACAGCGCAAUCCCGCAAGCUGCCAACAUUGAUGAUGGCAUCCUGAUGCCCAUGGAGCGGAUCGACGUCAGAGAGCCACACGCGGAUGAGCACUACAUCAGAGUUGGCGCUGGUGCAAAGCUGGGCACUGUGUACGAGGCUCUGGAUCCGCUCAACCAGUGCGCCAUCAUCGGUCGCUACAACAAGGUUGGCCUCGGCCUCGCGCUUGGCGCAGGCAUCUCGUACUGGAGUAACAGGGAAGGGCUGUCGAUCGACAAUGUCAUCAACUACGAGGUUGUUCUCGCAAACGGCACCAUCGUCAAUGCCAACGCAACCAGCCAUCCGGACCUCUUCUGGGCGCUGAAGGGUGGAAACAACAACUUUGGUGUCGUCACGCACUACAAACUCCACACGGUCGAUACGGAGGGCGCAGUUUACGGUGGCAUCAUGUACUAUCCGGAGUCUUCCCUGGAUCAGGUCGCCGAUGUUAUCUACGACUAUCACGUGCACCAGGCGGUCGACGACCUGCACACUCACACGCUUCCCCAGUACGGAUUCAACGGUACGACCAACGAGACGAUCAGCUUCACGCCCGUGGUUUACAACAGAGCGGUCGACGAGCUGCCCGACAUCAUGAAGCCGUGGAUCGAGGUCAACUAUACCAAGAGCACGCUCAAGAAGCGCCAGUACACGGACCUGGCUGUUGAGCUGAAUGACGGCUUUGCAGAUGGCUUAGUUCAGGAACAACGCGUCUUUACCGUGUAUGCGGAUGCCCAGCUGUACAAAGACCUCUGGUGGAACUACCGGGUUUGGCUGCAGCAGUUCCGUGAUGUCGAGGGCUUUUAUGGACUGCAUGUCAACAUGCCCAUCACGCCGCGCCAGGUUCAGCAGGGAGUGGAGAAGGGAACAAACGCGCUGGGACUGGAUGUAAACGCUGGAAACACGACGCUUGGAGUGAUCUACUUUGGUGUUACCUUCAACAAGAUGGAGGAUGCCGAGCGCGUGCUUACCGCGCACGACGAGUUUGUCAAGUCUCAGCAGGAACUCGCGGCCAGUCGUGGCCUGUUGCACCCUUACAUCAUGCUCACGUAUUCCGGAUGGAACCAGGAGGCCAUUGCUAGCUACGGCGAGGAAAAUGUUGCCAAGUUGAAGGACGUGGCAGCCAUUUAUGAUCCGACGCAGGUUUUCCAGCGUUUGGUUCCCGGUGGUCAGAAGCUACCAGCGUAA